UCACUACGAUCAGUUUCUGUAUAGACGUCGUGCAGCAAACUUUGCCGCAUAGAGCUCGCCUCGGGGCAGCGACUUUGUUUUUUCCUUUUUAUUUUGGCUUGUAGCCGUUGUAUGGAGCGUGAAACAGUAUUACUAUUGGUGGCAGGGAACUGUGAGACGCUCUCGAAGGGCGUUUCUGAGUUUCGGUUUAAGGAUGUGUUCCUGUCGAGUGUGUCCGAGGAGCCGGCCUCCCCGCCGGUGGGUCGCUGGGGCGCCGAGUGGCCGAGUUGACUCGCUUCGGAGGAGGACCUCUCGGAGGUCCAGCACCUGACCGGCCCUUUGCCCCGCCCCAGGUGGGCGCAUCCUCAACCCCCCGUACACCUGACGAGUCACACACACGAGGCACUCGUUACCAAGACCGAGGCCAUCCUCAGGAGCCUACUGGUCGCCAACAACUAUGACUCCGUCAGCAACUUCCUGGCCAUGCACGACGCGUACGAGAAGACCGAGUCCGAGAGGACCCUGUACGACAUGUUCCUGGAGUACUCGCCCCAGCUGAUCCGCGGCCGGUUCACGUGUGUAGGCCUGGGAUUCGAGCUGAUACAAAAGUGGAGAGCGCUGGAUAAGGAGUUCCCGGGAUUCGCGGACGCGACGGGCUUGUUCUCGUGCGAGGAGGCCGUGGUGGACGUGUUGGAUUACGUUGGGUCGGGGGAGACCCCGGAGUCCGUGCUGCAGGCGGAGAAGGAGCACGUCAUGGUGGGCGCUCACGUGUUUAUAGACGGACGGCCCGGGGUCAUCCUGGCCGACCCGGGGUAUCACGUGGCCAGGAUAGUCACUGUCAUGAGCGAUCGGGCCUACCCACAUACUGGCUGGUUCAUACAGUCCGAGGAGCCAUGCCUCAAGGAGUACGAGUACAGCUACAGUCCUCACAACACCAACUACGUGGAGUGGCACGAGCGGGUCACGCGGGGGUCAGAGGUCAAGCUGCAGACGUCCCUGGUGUUCGUGGCCCAGCCCUUCCUCGACAGUAUCGAUGUCACAGAGAAACGGAACCUCGUUUAUAAUUUCCGGAGUCUUCUGUCUCGUGACUCCAAGGGCGAGCUGACCGCGGGUCUUUACUUCCCGGUCGGUGCGCGGUUCAAGGACGCCACCUUCACCCUGUUCCUGGCUGACGGCGGCGAGAGACGGAAAACGAAGUACAAAUUUAGCGCCUUCACGGAACCCAAUAGAAUAACACAAUCUAUGUUAGAAGACAUCGAGAAAUGCAGCGUCAGGAUGAGGUACAAGAAGCGGGAACUCCUCAAGAUUAUCAUCAAAAUAGCCAGGGUUUUGUCCAAUCAAUCGUUCAUCGAUCAAGUGCUGGAAAUCAACGACGAGAUAUGCAGACUGUCGUUAUGACGCGAGCAAACGACGGCGAUAACUUGGCCUUUACUAUAUACGUAUAGUUUAUUUCUUGAUUUCUAAUAUGUUUUUUUUUACUUAUAUUUUGGGAAUUGGGUCUUUGAAUUUACAUAAUUUAUAUUGUGUCACAGAUAUUUUUGAAUAUCUUGUACAUUUUAUGUAACGAUUAUUAAAAAUUUGUUUAAUAUUC